UUCAAAUGUAUCAUUUUGAAUUCCUUAUCAAUUUCUUAUCAACAAUUAUUGUGGUAAACAGAUAAAUUAUAAAAUUUUGCGCUUGAAUCACAGUUAGCUAUUUAAAUUAUUGCGAAAUAGACGUGAAGUGGCUUUUAAAAAUAGUGAUUACUCAUUCAAUUACAAUCUGACAACUCUGCAGUACUCCAAAUUAAUCUGAAUUUAUUCAUAGUUUGAUUUGGUCUUUCACAAUUAAUACAAACAAAUAUACGUUAAACGUGCAAAAUGAGUGCUGAAGAAGUAGUCAAACGUCUUAGGGAAUCGUUCAAAAAUGGAAAAACCUUACCGGUAGAAAAUCGUGUAAAACAACUAAAAGCAUUGAAAAGAAUGUACGAGGAAAAUAAAAAGGAAAUGUGCGAUGUUUUGGCUAAGGAUUUACGUAAGAGCACUCAAGAAGCUAUCGUAUUGGAAAUAGACUUUCUAUUGAACGAUAUAACUCACACGUUAAUGAAUAUACAUGAGUGGGUAAAACCAGAGUAUCCCUCAAAGGGUUUCAUAAACCUUUUAGACAGCAUUUACAUCUGCAACGACCCCUAUGGAGUGGCCCUUGUAAUAGGGGCAUGGAAUUAUCCCCUACAAUUAACAAUGAUGCCUGUGGCUGGGGCAAUUGCAGCUGGAAAUUGCGUUGUUUUAAAACCAUCUGAGUUAGCUUCAGCUUCUGAGAAGUUUCUGUGUGAAACUAUUCCGAAAUAUUUGGAUUCUGAUGUGGUUCAAGUUUAUACAGGAGGUGUUAAGGAAACUACGGAAUUACUGAAGCAGAGAUUUGACUAUAUUUUCUUCACAGGGUCUACAACAACUGGAAAGAUCGUGCACAGCGCUGCCAACAAAUACUUGACGCCUGUGACCUUGGAAUUGGGCGGUAAAUCCCCGGUGUACAUCGACAACACUGUAAACAUUUCGACGACCGUCAGAAGGCUACUUUGGGGCAAAAUGACGAACGCAGGUCAAACGUGCGUGGCCCCAGACUACGUCUUGUGCACCAAAGAGGUCGAGGCGAAGAUUUUGGAAGCCGCCAAGGUUAUUAUAAAGGAGUUUUACGGGGAAGACGUCAAACAAUCGCCGGAUUUCUGCAGAAUCAUAAACGACCGGCAUUUCGACAGGGUUGUCAGAUUGUUGAGCAGCGGCAAGGUGGCUCUGGGUGGCGAUUACGACGCCAAGGAGCGGUACAUCGCACCUACCAUUUUGACAGGUGUCAGUGAGAAUGACCCUGUGAUGCAGGACGAGAUUUUCGGGCCGGUUUUGCCCAUAAUUAACGUCGAAGACGUUAAAGGGGCCAUAGAUUUUAUUAAUGGCCGCGAAAAACCUUUGGCGAUGUAUAUAUUCUCCAAUAAUUCUAAAAAUGUCGACUUAAUUCUGGAAAACACUUCAGCUGGGGGGAUUACUGUAAACGACACCGUCAUGCAUUUGGGGGUCGACACGCUACCGUUUGGAGGUGUCGGUAUGUCCGGCAUGGGCAGUUACCACGGUAAAUUCAGUUUCGAUACUUUCACGCACAAAAAGAGCGUUUUGCACAAAAAUUUGGGCGCCAUGGGCGAAAAAUUGGGCAUGGCCAGAUACCCGCCUUAUUCAAACUCAAAAAUACAGUAUUUAAAGUUCAUGCUUGCCCCUAGCGCCGGUAUACCGUUGAUCAAACAUUUUCCCAAGUUGAUUAUUUUUAUGAUGGGUUACGCCGCUAAUUACGUCAUCAAAAAGUAUUACAAAUAAGUUGUUUAUGUGAUAUGGUUUUUUAAUUGGUGCUGGCUCCUAUAUAAUAAUUAUAUUAUUGUUUUUCUAUUGUAGGUUGUACGCACAAAUUAAUUAUGCCUUUUAAAAUAUUACCAAUAAAUAUUUUAUGUUUUUUUGUGCUGGAUUGCAUUUAUAUAGUAUUGUUUAAUAUAGUUAUACACAUAUUCUAUUUUUUUUAACAUUAAUAAAUGAAAAAUUGUAUAUAAA